AUGAAAAAUUCUAACGAUACUCCGGCAUCUAAUAUAUCGGAUAAUACUUCAAAUUCUGAUGUUGCUCCUAAACGAAUAGAAAAUAGUUCCAAUAAUACACCCGAUGAUGUGAAGCAUCGAGCAUCCAGGCAACAAAUGGUGCAAAAAACAUCUUCCUCUUCUGAUACACAAAAUGUAAUUUCUACUGAAAUAAGUCCUAUUAUCGAAAUUACUCAUAAGAGUGAAACCAUUAAAUCAGAAUCAAUGCCUGCUGAUCAAGCACAAAAUACCGGAAUCAAAGUUCCAUAUAAUAAAAGAGUCGAGCAAGACUUAAGGCACGACUUGUCUGUGUUCAUUAAAGAGAAUAAUAAUAAAGUUAGUGAAGUAUUUGAUAUACAAAUUCCAGAAUUCUCGCUAGAAGCAAUCUGGAAUGAGGAUGCUCCGCACCUAAUUGGUAAUUAG